AUGGAUGGGACGAAGCCAGUCAUGGAGUCUGCCACAGAGGAAAACCAAGAGGAGAGGGAAGAAAGCAAAGCAAGGUGCUCUCUGUCUCCCCCUGCAGGUUGCUUCGAAUGCUGCAUCAAGUGUCUGGGCGGCGUGCCCUACGCCUCGCUGGUGGCCACCAUCCUCUGUUUCUCCGGUGUGGCUCUGUUCUGCGGGUGUGGUCACGUGGCGCUGACCGGCACACUGACCAUGCUGGAGAACCACUUCUCCCAGAUCACCACUGACCACGCCACCCUCACCAUCGUGAUCCAGACCAUGCAGUACGUCAUCUAUGGCAUCGCCUCCUUCUUCUUUGUUUAUGGGAUCAUCCUGCUGGCUGAGGGCUUCUACACCACCAGCGCCGUCAAGAAGGAGCUGCAGAGCCAGUUCAAGACCACCGUGUGUGGCCGCUGCAUCACAGCUACGUUUGUAUUCCUUACGUAUAUCCUGGGCCUGGCCUUCCUGGGGAUCUUUGGCUUCUCAGCCAUUCCCGUCUUCCUCUUCUACAACAUGUGGACUACCUGUGCUGCCAUGAAGUCCCCCAUGGCCAACAUCACCGAUCCCGACUCAAUCUGUGUGGACGUCAGGCAGUACGGUAUUAUUCCAUGGAAUGCGACACCCGGCAAAGCCUGCGGAUCUACACUAGGAGACAUCUGUAGCACCAGCGAGUUCUACCUGUCUUUCCACCUGUACAUUGUUGCGUGUGCUGGGGCAGGCGCCACCCUCAUUGCAUUGAUCCACUAUCUGAUGAUCCUGUCGGCGAACUGGGCCUACCUGAGGAGCUCCUGCAACCAGAACGAGUACCAGGACAUCAAGACAAAGGACGACGACGUGGAGGAAGGUGGCUCCAAGGAGGGUCUCAACUCCUCUUACUCAUAA